CUGACUCAAAGCCUAUGUUUCUGCAGAUACACAGCCCACCUCCAGUCAGUAGGCAAGACCAUCACAACAGCAGGAACAACCUGAGGAACAUAGGAGUUCCUUGAAUACUUUCGGGAAACACUACCUGCCCAGUCUCGCCUGAAUGCGAUGGAUGUGGGCGGAGAUGGGCCUUAAAGGGUCCCCCAACUUCAACGACCUGAGGACGGCUGUGUUUGCUCAUGCCAAGAACAACCUGCCUGCUGAGCAGCAGAAGAUGGUGGCCACCUUUAUGUGCAACAACACGGCGACAGCUGACUGCUUCUACGCCCUCAGCCUGAACGUGGCCCAGUCAAAGAGGAUGAGGGAGCAUUCCCGUCAGGCCCUCACCCACACCAUGCCAUCACCAGAGUCACCAGAAGUCUCCUCCUACUCUACCACCAGGAAGAGGUCCUGCAAGCCUGAGUACUCCUCCAGUUCCAAGGACGAAACCCCUGUCCCCUACCAGGAGUCAGGGACCUCGGGACUGGAGGAGCAGAGGGAGUUUAUGGCGAGGCUGCAAAAUACACCAGAGAACGCAAUCAGGACGAGCCAGUACGGCAGGCUGAUGGUGGCACUGACUCCCCUAGAGGCUCAACCCCACCUGUCAAAGAAGAUUUCAGAGAGGGCGAGAAGGGCAGUGGAACUCAGGGUUCUCCAGUGUCCUUUGUGCCAUGGCAGUUACUUUACCAAAUGGCAGUGGACACCAGGGGAACUUUGUGACAUGGCAGUCAGGACACUGGGGAAUCCAGAACUCCCAGCGUUGUGA